AUGACAACUGUAACAGUGACCACAGAGCUUCCCCAAAAGGACAAGAGAGAAGACAGUUCUUCUUUGUAUGAAUCCACAUCAGCUCACAUUAUUGAAGAAACUGAAUAUGUAAAAAAGAUUCGAACUACUCUGGAAAAGAUCCGAAAUCAAAUGUUUAAAGAUGAAGUUGGACCUAAUAGUACAAAUCACAAACUAAAUGGAAAGCAAUAUCAAAACAUGGAGAAAGACUCUGACUCCAACCUGGAUCCCUCUUGUUGCAGUCUGGAUCUGCUCAUAGAGAAGAUGAAAGGAAAAGAUCUACAACUCUUAGAAAUGAACAAAGAGAAUGAAGUAUUGAAAAUAAAGCUGGAAGCCUCCAGAGAAGCAGGUGCAGCAGCUCUGAGAAAUGUGGCCCAGAGAUUAUUUGAAAACUAUCAAACUCAGUCUGAAGAAAUUCAAAAGAAGCAUGAAGACAGUCAGCAACAGCUGCAGGUUAUCAAACUUGAAAAAGAACAGAAAUUGGAACAGCACGUUGAAAGUCUGAAUCAAGUUGCUCAAAAGCUUGAAGAAAAACAUAAUCAAAUCACAGAAUUAGAGAACCUUGUACAGAGAAUGGAAAAGGAAAAAAGAUCACUGCUAGAAAGAAAAUUGACUUUGGAGAAGCAGUUACUGCAACUCAAGCCUAACACCACAAAUGCUAAAAGUUGCCGUAAUCUUCAGGCAGAGAUUUCCCUCCUCCAUGAGCAGAUCUCUCACCUGCAGUUUGUGAUUCAUUCCCAGCACCAGAACCUGCGCAGCAUCAUCCAGGAGAUGGAAGGAUUAAAAAGUAAUUUAAAAGAACAAGAUAAAAAAAUUGAGAAUCUGAAAGAAAAAGUUAGCAUACUUGAAGCCCAGAAUAAAGAAUUAAAGUCCAAGGUGGCCCUUUGGUGUGAAACUCCUAAAACUACAGUUUCAAAGGCUGUCUCAACACGUGGAUUGAGGACUGAAAACUCUUCCCCCUAUUCAAUGAUGAUCAAGCUACGGAAAUGA